ACCACCAGCUGCCUUUUCUCACAGAUUUUUUUUCACUUUCAAAAACUGAUAAGCAGCAAACAAGGAGUGACCACAGGACUACGUACACUUGUAAACAGUUACCUUCAGCAGCAGUACAACUUGGAUUCAUGGCAACCACGAAAAACCAGUUAGUAGGGGUUCUGCUGUAUUUUUUGAUUUCUUUUUCAUUUGCUUUGUAUUUUCACAGUGGAGAAAGAGAAGAGAAAUGUAUAAUCGAAGACGUCCCCAGCGACACAUUGGUGAUCGGGAAUUACAAAGUACAACGCUGGGAUAUACACAAACAGGACUUUCUUGAAUCUGCUCCUGGUUUGGGAAUGUUUGUGACGGUCACAACUCCUUCUGCUGAAGUACUCUUGUCAAAACUGUAUGGGCCAGAAGGAACCUUUUCUUUCACCUCCUACCUCUCUGGGGAGCAUGUUAUCUGUUUACAGUCUAACUCCACAAGAUUAGUGUCAUUUGCAGGAAGUAAAUUGCGCAUCCAUUUGGACAUUAGAGUCGGAGAACAUUUUUUGGAUGAAUCUGCUGUUCAAGCCAAAGACAAAGUGAAUGAAGUUAACUUAAGACUAGAAAAUAUAAUUGAGCAAAUUCAUCAUGUAUCCAAAGAACAGAACUACGAAAGAGAGCGUGAAGAAAAAUUCCGCAAGACAAGUGAAGAAACCAACAGCAAUAUUUUGUGGUGGGCUAUUGUACAAACACUAAUCCUCAUCUCUGUUGGAAUCUGGCAAAUCAAAUCUCUCAGAGAUUUCUUUAUAUCUAAGAAGCUUGUUUAAUUCUUACAAAAGUAAAUGCAUAGAUCCAGAAGUUGCACACCAUGUAGCCCCUAGCAUUCAAAGAAACCCUGCAUCGAUGAGAACACUGGUUGUACCUAACUUCCAAACUUCUCUCAUCUGCUCCUCUGAUUUUACUCUAACUCUUGUUUCUGCAUCACAACCUCUGGCAUCCCCUUACAUUUUACUCCUUUGACUUUGUCUUUUAUAAUUAUUUUUUCCUCCCUACAGACAUAAAGCUAAGUCUAGAACUCUGUGGCUAAGGCAACAUUUAAGAUCAACUCAGAACUCUUAAUUGUGAAAUAGAAAUCUACGAAAAGUUCCCUAAUAUUUUAAAUUUCUCUACUGGCUUAACACUCUUAAUCAGUGCUACUGUGAACAGUUCAGUAUCUGAACUGUUUAGCAUUCAAAUAAUAGGCAGAGAAACAACGUAUUCCCUUCAGUGUCUUGAACUCAGCCUGUGUAUGUAUAACACAUAGCUUUUCCUCAGAUAUAACUGUGAAACUUUUCAAGUACUUGAAGUUCUAAGUGAUAGUGGAGCCCACUAUUACGACUAUGAUCAGUGGUUGUAGCAAUUAGCAUGCAAGAGAGAGAGCUAGACAAGUGAUUUAGAACUGUACUUACAUUUCACUCCCAGAUGAGCCCUAAAGAUCAGGCUACAGAGUUGGUAUCAGACCUCUCUCACAGUUUAUGUCAGUGAUAGUCUUCAGGAAGUACCCCAAACUACAAGCCUGUAGUUCAGACUUCAGAUGAGAGGGUAAGGCUCCUAACUACAUCCCAAUAAUGAACUUAACUCAUCUGACAGAUAAUACACUUAAGCCUUUAAAUCAAAAGGGCAGGCACCAUGUCAGAAUUUACAAAGGAACUGAUUAGGUUGCUCUGUGUUAAUUAGGUCUGUAUUCAAGCCAGCACUGAGCCUCAAAGAUCUGACCAUAGCUUGAGAACGCUUCCUUCUUUAUCU